AUUUUUUUUGCCCUAUAAAUAAAGGAAGAAGCCUAGUUAGCACGGACUAAAACAGAGCUGCUGCUUUCUUUCUCUCUGUCUCUCUCUCUGUUCUCUUCGUUUGCCAAAAACUGUUGAGUUUCAGUAGGUUUUCCGGUCUUUCAUUUAACUCAGUUUUCUUUAUUUGGCUGUAGAUUUGGACAGGAAGUGAAAGAACGUGAGAGAAAAACAAGAUUCUUGAGAGUUCUAGAUGGACACGUACACUGUUCAUCUUGCGAUGGCGGCUCUCGUUGGAGCUUCGCUGGUGGCCGUGUCGGCGUAUUAUAUGCACAGGAAAACCCUAAGUCAGUUGCUGGAGUUCGCCAAGACGGUGGAGAGGGAGAAAGAGAGAGAGGGUGUUCCGGAGAGAGAGUCGCCGCAGCACUCCAAGAAACGGCAUGGCCACCAUCCGCGCCGGAAGGGGAACGGAUAUUACCGCCGUGGCUCGGCGUCUUUGCCGGAUGUUACUGUGAUAUCCUGCGGGAUUGAUGGUGAAGAGAAACGCAACGGUCCCAUCCAUGUUGACGAGAUUCCCCCCGGCUUGCCGAGGCUCCAUACGCUGCCUGAAGGGAAGUCUGGUAGCCAUGCAACUUCAGCUAAGAGAUCUGGAAAUCUUAUCCGACCUACUUCUCCCAAGUCCCCUGUUGCUAGUGCAAGUGCCUUCGAUAGCAUAGAAGGAUCAGACGAUGAAGAUAAUGUGACUGACAAUUCUAAGUUAGACAUUACAUAUCUGCAUACUAAUGGAAAUGCUGGCCCCAAUUUGUCAGACCAUAUUAAUGCCAAUGGAGAGACAAUGCAGAUAGCUGCUUCAAGCAUGAUUCGAUCCCAUAGUGUAUCUGGUGACCUCCAUGGCGUUCAGCCUGAUCCUAUUGCAGCCGAUAUCCUAAGGAAAGAGCCAGAGCAUGAAACUUUUGCACGACUUAAAAUUUCCCCUGCUGAGGUACCAUCACCGGAUGAAGUUGAGGUCUAUGUAGUUCUGCAAGAAUGUCUAGAAAUGAGGAAAAGAUAUGUAUUCAAGGAGGCAGUUGCUCCUUGGGAGAAAGAAGUUAUAUCAGACCCCAGUACGCCAAAACCUAAUCCUGAGCCCUUUUUUUAUGCACCUGAGGGAAAAUCUGAUCAUUAUUUUGAGAUGCAAGAUGGAGUAAUACAUGUCUAUGCAAAUAAAGACUCAAAAGAAGAGCUCUUUCCUGUGGCUGAUGCUACAACCUUUUUCACUGACAUGCAUCAAAUACUUCGAGUUAUAGCGGCAGGCAAUAUCAGAACUUUAUGUCAUCACCGGUUAAAUCUUCUAGAACAAAAAUUCAAUCUUCAUUUGAUGCUUAAUUCGGAUAAAGAAUUUCUAGCUCAGAAAAGUGCACCGCAUAGGGAUUUCUAUAAUGUGAGGAAAGUUGAUACUCACGUUCAUCACUCAGCAUGCAUGAACCAGAAACACCUUUUGAGGUUUAUAAAGUCAAAGUUGAGGAAGGAGCCAGAUGAGGUUGUAAUAUUUCGAGAUGGGACAUAUUUGACCCUGAAAGAAGUUUUUGAGAGCUUGGAUUUAACUGGGUAUGAUUUAAAUGUGGAUCUUCUUGAUGUUCAUGCAGACAAGAGUACCUUUCAUCGCUUUGAUAAAUUUAACCUUAAGUAUAAUCCUUGUGGUCAAAGUAGGCUCAGGGAGAUUUUCCUCAAGCAGGACAAUCUUAUCCAAGGUCGAUUCCUUGGUGAGCUUACAAAGCAAGUGUUUUCUGAUCUUGCUGCAAGCAAAUAUCAGAUGGCUGAAUACAGAAUAUCGAUAUAUGGCAGGAAGCAAAGUGAGUGGGAUCAACUGGCUAGUUGGAUCAUUAACAAUGAACUGUACAGUGGGAAUGUUGUUUGGUUAAUUCAGAUCCCUCGACUUUACAAUGUGUACAAGGAGAUGGGGAUUGUUACAUCAUUUCAGAACAUUCUUGACAACAUCUUUAUUCCUCUGUUUGAGGUUACUGUGGAUCCAGAUUCGCAUCCUCAGUUACAUGUUUUCUUGAAACAGGUUGUAGGGUUGGAUUUGGUAGAUGAUGAAAGUAAGCCUGAAAGACGCCCCACAAAACACAUGCCAACACCAGAUCAAUGGACUAAUGUAUUUAAUCCUGCAUUCUCCUACUAUGCGUAUUACUGCUACGCGAACCUUUACACCUUAAACAAGCUUCGUGAGUCCAAAGGCAUGACAACCAUCAAAUUCCGGCCACAUUCUGGGGAGGCUGGUGACAUUGACCACCUUGCGGCUACAUUUCUGACUGCUCAUAAUAUUGCACAUGGAUGCAAUUUACGGAAAUCUCCUGUACUACAGUAUCUUUAUUAUUUGGCACAGAUUGGUCUGGCUAUGUCUCCUCUGAGCAACAAUUCCUUGUUUUUGGACUAUCAUCGGAACCCUUUUCCAAUGUUUUUCCUUCGGGGUCUGAAUAUUUCCCUUUCUACGGAUGAUCCACUUCAAAUACACUUAACAAAGGAACCUUUGGUGGAAGAGUAUAGCAUAGCUGCUUCUGUGUGGAAGCUGAGUUCAUGUGACCUAUGUGAGAUUGCUCGUAAUUCAGUCUACCAGUCAGGUUUUUCGCAUGCUUUGAAGUCACACUGGAUUGGAAAGGAGUAUUACAAGAGAGGGCCUGCUGGAAAUGAUAUACAAAAGACAAAUGUACCUCAUAUCCGGCUGGAAUUUCGUUACAAGAUCUGGAAAGCGGAGAUGCAGCUGGUUUACCUGGGCAAGGCCAUUAUCCCUGAAGAAGUGGACAAGUAGCGUGCAGCGUACUGCUCAAGUUCUAUUCUUUAACGUUACACAUAUAUUUAGGAGGUAGCCAUCUGAUUCCUUUUAACCUAGUCUAGGAGGUAAAGAACCUUCCCUCGACCUGCAUCCUGCAUAACGGGGAUGAUGACCCAUAAGAACGGAGAAAUGGCAUGGACAAGCAACAAGCUGGUCGUGAAUUUAAAAGGGUUUGAGGCCACUGGUUGACCUUGUACAUGAUGGAAGUGUCGGAUGGAAAGAUCGGUAUCUCAGUUCCCAGAGCAGGGGAAUCCAAAACCAAAUCAAAUUCAAACAGGAGGAAGCAAUUUACAAAGUAUUCCAUUAGAUAUAAUAACAAAAAUUAUUUCUAGUUUUAGGUUAAGAGCGAUUAUAUGAUUCUACUUACUGUUGUAGUUUCAACAAUGUAUGCCAUUAUACAGUUUGACAAGAAGGGAAUGGUAGUCUCUUGCAUCAUAAAUUUUGACUCAGUUUGUUGAGGAAUGUGGAUUUCCCGUGCAACAGUUCUGAGUGCAGACGUCGUCAAUAAAUUUACACAGCUUCUUCAAUCUCAUUCUUCGUCUUCUUAUUGUAUUAAUAAAGUCUCUUCCUCAUUCGACGUCUGAAAGGGGAAAGGAAAACAAGAAAAUUGUGAGAAAAAUUGUUCCGCCUGUGACUUUGAGCUAAAGCAUAACAUGGUUGGCUGCUGUUCAAGCCCAACAUUGCUUUUUCUUUUUUGUUUUGGGACAAAAAUAACCCAAUAAUAAUAUCGGUUGUGGCCGAGUAACUUUGCCAGGCAUAAAAAUUCCUCUUGCCAUCAAGCAUUCCAGCUGUUGCAGCAGAAUUAGAAAAACAGUUUCUAGAAGAC